CACCACAACCAGUUGUUGUGCUUUUAGUGUUGCCAGUACCACGACUAAUAAGAGGCUCCUCCAACUCAUCCCCUCCUCCUCCCUGACCCCAGGAGCAGCAGCAGAGUAGACGACCAAAGCCCUUCUCAAACCUGGAUUUAUAUCUCCUCCUAAAUACGGUCCAAACUCUAAUCGAUUUGGAAGAAAGGGAGCAACUGGGAGGUCAUAAUUGGUGACUUGGUUGAGGUUAGGGACCUUCUUGGGGGUUGGGGAAAGUGGACAAUGCGUUCUUGUGCUUUAGUCAAGAAGAGGGCUCUAUUCUUGUAACGUAAACAGUACUUUUAGACUCGUGGGAAGCAGUGAGUGGGUGCGGUGGUGACCUUCUCAGACUGGAGGAUGCAGGAUACCAAAUGUGUUGCAUGCGGAAGUGCAAAUUAAUUAGUGCAGCGACACAAUUAAUUCCAGACAGCUUGGAUGCUUGAUUGCUAUCGCGUUUGAGUUGCGACGACAGCGGCGGAGCUAUCAUGGCCAUGAGCCGAGCCUGGUUAUUUCGGGCGAGUGUGACGAGCAACCUGUUGCUCGUGAUCUAUCUCGCCCUUUACUCCUCCUCCACGUCCUCCCCCUCGGAGAACAAUGUCCCCGUUUUGGUCCCCUUCACCCCUGACAGUGCUGCUCUCCACGCCAAGAGUGGUCCCCCUGGGAAGAACACGGACCUCCUCCUGAGCGACCCUUCACAACUCCAACCUCUGCUCCAGGAACAAGGCAGCAACUCUGUUUCUGUGGGCAAUUCCCCUGAAGACGGUGGCAGUGGGGGUGGAAAUGGGGUCAACAACAAACCCGAAGUGCGAAGCAGUGAUGGUGGCGUCGUGUGGGACGGGGACGACAGCGCCCUGGGCGAGGGGAUUGCGGCUGACUUGGUGAGUCCCCCGGGGCAAGAGAAGGACAUCCUCGUCCCCUCGGUGGAAAUGGUGAACGAGUCGAAGGCGCUCCUGGAGGGUGGGCGACUCUUCCCCUGCGACGAUCUCACCCCACGACCCCAUUACGCUCAGAGGGGCGCCUACUGGGUGCUCUACAACUACGUGCGUGGUGAGAGGACCUUUCACUGCGACCAGUCAAUCACUUACUCCACUCAUGCAGACUUCACGUUUCUGGAUAAUCUGGUCCCCUUGCUGGAGAGGUGGCAGGGCCCCGUCAGUCUAAGCGUCUACUCUCCAGGAACAGAUUUUGGGGAAACCUUGACGCGAAUAUUGUACCUGAGGGAGUGUGUCUCCCCGCUUGUCAAAGAUUUUGUCACCUUCCACAUCUUUUUUGAUACUCGUCACGUGCCAAAGUCUAAAAUCCCACAGGAUCCGUUUACCUUAGCUUCCACUUUGAAUUGCAGUGCACCUUCCCCUACGUUUGGUGAUAACAUUGUGACCUACAAAAAAGCCAAGAAGUUGCCAUAUCCAGUAAAUGUAGCCCGAAACGUGGCCCGUGAUAUGUCCACAACACACUACAUCCUGCCUUCAGACAUCGAGUUGUAUCCCAACCCUAACCUAAUCCCAGAUUUCCUCGAGAUGAUUCGUCUAAAUGACUCCAAUUUACAGAGACCAAAUCCAAAGGUGUUUGUUCUGAGUAUUUUCGAAGUGGAAGCCAACGUGUCUGUCCAGCCGAGAGAUAAGCGCGAACUGCUGCACAUGCUGGGAAACAAGUCCGCAAUCCCUUUCCACAAGUACGUCUGUUCCGACUGUCAUCGGAUUCCGAGGGCGAAAGAGUGGAUGACCGCUCCAGUGACGCCAGGGCUGCGUGUCUUCCACGUGGGCAAGCGUCACAAGCCGUACCAUCACUGGGAACCCAUCUACAUCGGCACAAAAUUCGACCCACUCUACGAUGAGCGGCUGAGCUGGGAGGGUCGAAGUGAUAAAAUGACGCAGGGUUACGUGCUGUGUGUGCUGGAUUAUGAGUUCCACAUCCUGGACAACGCGUUUCUCGUUCACCGUCCAGGGAUCAAAAGGACCAAGGUCAUUCCCAAGAAAAAUCCCGUAGUCGCCAAACAAAAUUCCCUCAUCGCGAGGACCAUUUUACCAGAACUGAAACUCAUUUAUGGAACCAGACCUGGCUGCGUCGUUUGAUUUGUUAUCAUUCCUUUUAAAUUAUGGAUCCGCAGUAUUUUUAGAAUAUUAUUAUUCCGUCCUCGACUCACAAAUUCCUACUCAGUCAACAACUUAAGUCAUCUUAUGCAAAAAUGACAACCAACCUACCCGGUGUAUGCAAGUGGAUGUGUUUAUAAGUUUGGUAGCUUUAAUUCUUUAUGUUGUUUUUAAACGUUUUUUUAUACUGGUGGAACUCUAGUGCGAGUUAUUAUAUAAGUGACUCAUGGUUAUAUAUUAUGUAAAUUGGUACGGUCGGUGACUGACAUGUGCUCAAACUUUAAAUAAAAAGAAGCAACAAAAUCGAAAAAU